AAAAAUAAGUGAUCAAUUGCUUCAGCCAAUGAGGCCGUGCUGCCAAUGGCCGGUGUCGAGGCGGCCCGUGACGUGUGCUGCUUUUUUUCUGCACGCGGCAUGUGAGCAGCCGGUUUCUCUUAAAAGAAUCAUUUGUCCUGUGAAGCAGACACCAAAACUUGGACAUGCCUAUUUUACUGUUGAAGUCUAAAACGUGGCUUCUCGUCAACACCGAUGACAGAAACUUGCCGGCAAAUUCCUGUCUUCAAGCGCUCAAGCAGAGCAGUCGCUAUUGUUCUGUUCUCAUACGGACCCAGGUCUGGACGAUGCUGGUUUCGCAUGUUGUACUUUUUGAUUCCCAAAACACUGCCUAAUCCUGCUCCAGAAGUCCUUGAAGUUCGCCGAGAGGGAGGUUGGGGAGUCUCUGCGGAAGAAAGUCAGGAAAAGUGUGCGUUCGUUGAUCGUAAACCCGCUCCUGUGAAAGAGCCACUGCCUCCUCGGUUUCACCGGGAAGACAGAGUUCGUUCCAAAAGGCGCAUUUCUUCUCUGUCCAGCACUUGCGUUUCUUCCUGGUGAUUCUUCUCAUUGGAAGUUCUUUGCCUCUCAAAGGCUUUUAACCCUUGCCUGCGGGUCACAGCCAGUUGCUCUGAACCCGUCGCGCACCGUUCCGCCGCUUCGAAACUCGAAUUCGCGAAUUUGUCGGGUUCUGAGUUGCGUUUUCUCGAGACUGCCUCGUGUUUCCCGCAUACGGGUCCCCUCUGUGGUCCUUUAUCAAUUUCGUUGCUGGGUUCUUCCUCCUUUCUCAGUGGCAGGUUCCAAAAAAUGUCCCGACUGGCUCCCCUCACUUUCACUUCCGCGCCGGCGGCAGCCCCGCCCCCCCCGAGUGCGCAUCCACCUGAUCAUGGAUGUUCUACCGGAUCCGCGGCCGCGCUGCGCGCUUCACGGCGGAAACAUCUUCUCGAUUUGCGAGGCGCCGAAGAAGAGCUGCAGUUUCUCGCAGGGCGCGUGCUGCAGAGCGCCGGGCCACCACACAUGCUGCCUUUGGCGGAACUCUGUACGCGAAUGGUUGCGCUGGAUGCCGCUUGCGUCUCCCGCGGCUUGCUGCACUUGACUCGGGGGCUUGCCAAGGCUCUUGGCAGCUCUAGGUCUCUCUUUGUCGGAUCGCGAAAGGCCUGUGAGGAGCGGAUCGAGGCGCAGCGACAAGAGGAAGAGCGGCGGCGCGACACACGGCGUGCAGCGGCCGAGGCUGAGAAGGCAAAGAGACGCGCGACAAGGAGCAGAAACGUCGAGGCCGGGGAAAGUCGACUUUUGGAGAGUACGAAGCGGGAAGCGUUUUUCUGGAGUGAGGCGAGGUCAGCCUGCGAAGAUCCGACGGGGACGAACGGUCAACCGGACUCCGUCUGUGGUUCCCCGAGGUUCACUGACACCGACGCUUCCGACGACGAAGUCGAGUGGUUCAACGCGCCUGUCCGCGACGAAGAAAGCAGCUGUUUUCCGUGGCUGGCUGCCCGUCCCGUGUCGAGUUUUGACGGCGCCCAGUCUCCUCGCUUCUCGGAGGCACAUUCCGCUUCGGCUGACGCGUUGCUUGCUCCGUCUGCUGGCCCUGCGGUCGGCUUUUCCAGCGCGCAAGUUUCCUCAACUUCUUCAGACAUCGCGGCGCCUACAGCUGAAGCGACAGCGGCGGCGAGUGAGGAGAGCGGCGAGCUGUACGUACUCCUUCAGCCGGUGCCUCCGGCGGAAGAGGCGCUGGGGCAUGUCGACGUGGUCGUUCUUCUCUGCAGCUUCUUGGAAGUCGGAGACAUCAUCAGUCUCGGGCGCGUCUGCAGAGGCACUGUGGAGGCGACUCUGCGCGACGAAGUCUGGCUGCCGCUGCUUCAGAGGAAAUUUCCCAAGGCCUCUCUCGUCGAUGAAGACGUCCUCAACAGAGCAGACCAGGAAAAGCAACUCGACGAACAGCAGCAGAAAGAGAUUGUGGAUGCACUGCUGGUCCGCUUUCCCCCGGACUCGCCGACGUCGCUGCCUUCGCUGCUCCUUGCAGCAAACGAAGCGUUGUCCCAGAUCGCCGUCUCGAGGUCGAAUUGUGUAAAGGAAGCAAACACUAGCAUGCAGGCCUCUCACGAGAAAUCCUUGUCGCCGAAGGCGCGUCGCCUCGACGCGGAGGGUCUCCUGCACUUGCUCAGCCUGCACGGAGAACUUUUUAAGCAAGACGCAGAAGGGGAGAAGUUCUGUGUGAACCCGUCUGCGGUGUACAGUGACUGGGGGCCGGUCAAUCCGUACGCCGCAGCAGACUGGACAGCUGAGAAGAGGAAGAAGAUUGAGGAGGAACUUGCGACGCUCCGCGGCGAGACACAGGGCACUUCUGCAUGCGACGAAGACAAGGCGGAAUCCGAAAGUCCAGACAACGAAUACAAACAGCUCGGCUUUCGUCGGGACCUGACCGCUCGGCAAGCGUACCGUUUGUGGCACACGCAGCUGCUGGGCUUUGACCAGACGAGAGAGCGUCCGUGGGAAUACAAGUCAGAGAGCAAUCGUCGGGGGACUUUGCCGGCAGGCCACUUGCUGGAUUUGUGCGAGAGGCGUGUGCGGUUCGUGCGCCGCGAAGACCCGGCGGCUGUCCACACGCUGACUGUACUUACACUCGAGGGGGUCGCUUUCCACAUUCGCGACGGAUGCUUCAACCGCCGAGUGAACAUUUUGCAGCAGGCGCUCUGCAGCGCGCACCUGCGGAUCGAGCGUGAAACCCGGAAGCGUUUUGAGCGAAAACUUCUGGACCUCAUGCAGUUCGUUCGCGGCGAAAGAAAGUUCGGCUUCUACCAGUGUCGCGCGUGCGGCGCACGCUGGCGGAGCGGCUUCACCUACGAAGAAAUUUCUCAGCAGUGUCUCAGAUGCGGGCUGUGGAGCAAAGCCUUCAGAGUCCAGACUCUGCUCUCCCAUGUGGCCGGAGGCCCCGACGAUCCGGGAGCGCCGCGCCAGAGCGACCAGAGCGCCACGUGUCACAAUUUGCUGCAUGCAAGAGCAAGGCCGGGUGCCUCAGCAGGCGCAGGCUCGCGGCAGGAGAGUUCCAGUGUGCCUGGAGGGCGUAGCUGCGGCGCAGACAGGGGACUCUUGGCGGCAACCGGGGAUCCGCCUCUCGAGGGAGUGGAGGGGAGGCAAAGCGAGGGGGGUUCUCGACAGUUUGCGUCGACACAUGUUUCUGCGAGUCGAGCCCAGAAGAACGAACGCCUCCACGCUAGGGCCUCGCCUGCAGGUAGCCACCAACCAGACAGACAGCCACUCUUGCCGACGGGGUCUCGUUCGCGGGGUGGCUUUCGAGGCGCUGACAGACAAAGUGUUCAUUUCCAAUCAAAUCGACGUGGGAGGCCAGAAGCGUCUCAGGGACGAGACAGCUUGCACGGGUUGUUUGUGCCGCCUAGCGAGCGUCCGGUACCGAGAAAUCCUCUCGAGGGUUUACUUCCCGACCCGCCGCAUGCAGUGCAAGCAAGGGGUUUGGAGGUACCUCGGGAGAGACUGAGGGGGGCAGAGAAAAAACCGCGGGAUCCAGUUGCUUCUCAUAGGGGAAACGUGAACGCGAGAGUGCGACGGGGUAACUGCGGUCACGCUCGCUCUGAACCUCCAGAGGCAAAGUUGGAGCGGCAGACGGGGAGGGCGAGAGGGACAUACGCAGAGGGCGCUGAUGGGGGGGGCGUACGACUGUCACACAGGAACGUCAGAGGCCCCGGAGCCACGGGCGUAAACUCCAGAAGCCACUUCGCAGGGCACGGAGACAGAGAGGAGGGGUUCGGGAACCUGACGAGAGCAGACGCUGUGUCGAAGGUUUUGAACCAGCAAAAUCAGAGAUCUCAGAGACACGGAGCGGGAUCUCAAGACACGAACAGCGGCGAAAGAAUGUACGGGUGGGGAAGAAAGUGACCGUGGCUCGGACCCCCUGGUUCGAAACAAACGUUCUUGGCAUCUGAAGUUUGGGUUUCCCAGUAAAUGCAAAUCGAGAAACAUGGUACACGCCAGGAAAUAGGCGUAAACUCAGUGUGGGGG